AUGGCUUCUCAGGUCACUGCAAAACAGUUCAGUCCUCUUCCAAUGGAUUCACUUCACAAGAUGCAUCAACAACAGUAUGAAGGUCUGCUAAAGAGAAUGUACAUGCCAUUUGUGAGGGGACCAGAAAAUAGACAUUUAUUUCCCAGUUUCGGCAACAAGUACAGCGGUGCUUUUCUAAAAUCUAGUCCUAUUAUACCUCCUGAAGAUAAAAGCUACCUCUUAGCUCCACACCGAGAUGAUGUGUCAGUAAUUAACCCUUGCUCAGGAUUUUUGAGCCCAAGAGCUGUAGCUGAAAUAAAAGCAUAUCAGCAAAUCCCAUAUGGAGAAAACAUUGAAAUACAGACAAGUGACAAAGAUGUGCAGUCACAACAGGGGACACCUGUCCCACACUGGACAGGCCAGAUUACCAAGAGAAGAUCCUCAUUACUAUUAGAAGAUGUAAGCCAGGACCAACAAUGGAACACUAGAGCUGUCCCAGAUAUUUCUUUCAGGGCCAAAAUUGGAGGAAGAACAAGUCCAGUAAAAGUGAUACCUGGUCCACCAAGAAAGACAGAAUAUUUCUCAUCUCAUCUAUUUGCAUUUCAUCUGGACCCAGAGAUUAAGUCAAAAGAUUCUUCUUCUGAAGCCUGCAGAGAUGAGAAAGCCCGGAAAUAUAUGUACACCUCAACAACCCAAAGAGGAUAUGAAGAAGUUCCUUGGGACAGAAUAUUACUGCCAAAAAUCAGGCCUCCAGAUUCAGUGCUAGAACUGAAGGGUGAUUGUGUCUCCCAGAAUUUUGCAAUGAAACGGUAUGAACCAGCUGCAGAAAUAAGCCAAGUUGUUGGAGACCUCUGGAACAGAUUUCAAAGAAGAUCCUUCAUAUUACCCCACCGACCAGUUAAUUUUGUUAGCUCAAGUUCUCGAACCCAGCAACUCCCUUUAUACACAGGCUGUGCUGGUGCUGAGAAUGUUGACGACCUAGACAACCAAAAUGUAGAUGUAAUUAUACGCAGCAGAGUUCGAAGUGCCAAGCCACAUUAUGUGAAAUCUUCCUACAAGCCAAACACCUUUGGAUAUACUGGCAAAGUACAUUGGUCAGCCACCCAACCAGUACAUUCCAAUCUUCCACCAAUAUCACCAUCAGUAAUGUCACAAAUGUAUGGGGUGAUAGCUACACAUGGACAGCCAUCUGAAUUUCCACAUUGGGGGCCAUUGUCACAGAUCAUUACUCCCACUGAACCUCAAAAUUCUUUCAAUAAGAAAGAAAAAGAUCGAAUCACAACUUGA